CCUGGGCGCCGAGCUCCUUUGGCUGCCUCGGAAGCCAUGGCUACCGCAAUGGGAAGGCUGAUGCUUUGGCGGCCCGGCCCGGGCGGCGGGGCCCUCUGGAGAUUCAUAGCGACAUCGCCAGCUACCGAGCUGUCACCCACGGAGUUGACAGAAAUGCGGAAUGAUCUGUUUAAUAAAGAAAAAAGUAGGCAGUUAUCAUUAACUCCCCGAACAGAGAAGAUUGAAGUUAAGCAUGUUGGGAAGACUGAUCCUGGCACUGUUUUCGUGAUGAAUAAAAACAUUUCAACUCCUUACAGUUGUGCCAUGCAUCUGAGUGAGUGGUACUGCAGUAAGUCCAUUCUGGCUCUUGUGGACGGACAACCAUGGGACAUGUAUAAACCUUUGACCAAGUCUUGUGAGAUUAAAUUUCUUACUUUCAAAGACCCUGACCCAAGAGAAGUGAAUAAGGCUUACUGGCGUUCUUGUGCCAUGAUGAUGGGCUGUGUAAUAGAGAGGGCAUUCAAAGAUGACUAUGUGGUCAGCUUGGUCAGAGCGCCUGAAGUGCCUGUGAUUGCUGGGGCCUUCUGCUAUGAUGUCGCUUUGGAUAAGAGACUGGAUGAGUGGAUGCCAACAAAAGAGAACCUACGUUCUUUCACAAAAGAUGCCUAUACUUUAAUAUAUAGGGACCUUCCCUUUGAAACUCUGGAAGUUGAUGCAAAAGUGGCAUUAGAAAUAUUUCAACAUAACAAGUACAAAGUGGACUUCAUAGAGGAGAAGGCAUCUCAGAAUCCCGAGAGAAUAGUCAAGUUACACAGAAUUGGCGACUUCAUUGACGUUAGUGAAGGCCCUCUUAUUCCCAGAACAAGUGUUUGUUUCCAGUAUGAAGUGUCAGCGGUCCACAAUCUUCAUCCCAGCCAGCCCAGCCUCAUUCGCCGAUUUCAGGGCCUGUCCUUACCCACACACUUGAGAGCACAGUUUACAAUAUGGAACAAGCUAUUGGAAAGAUCACGGAAAAUGGAUACCAGGGGUGCACUGGAUGAUGUGGCUGUAGCUUAAGGAUUCUGGCAGAAAAUGACCUUGAUGUCAAGCUCCUGAGUGCCUGCUUUCCAGUGGGUGCUGGAGGCUUCAGAUACUUUUCCUAAGAGGGAUGUUCUGUUUGUCCAUGUUCUGAUUUUGAUGCACAUGUUUGUCAACUUUUCAUCACUGUGGCAAAGAUGCCCUAGAUAAGAAAGUUAAAAGAGAAAAGGAAUAUUUGGCAUAUGGUUUUAAGGGGCUCAGUUCCUGGUGCUUGACCCUGUUGCUGCAGUGCAUUAUGCAAUCCUGUCAGAGAAAGCCUUUACCUCAUGGAAGCCAGAAAACUGAAAGAUGGAGAG